GAGAAAUAAAGAGCCCCGUAGGCUACUGGUGACAUCACCCCAGUCAGAUCUACUGCUGUACAGUAAAUAUCAACAAUGGUGGAGCCUGUGGGAUUUAUUGAAGCAUGGAAAGCGCAGUUCCCUGAGUCGGACCCCCCAAAGAUGGAGCUCAGGUCGGUGGGGUGCAUCGAACAGGAGCUUGAGAAGUGCAAAGCCUCCAUCCGGCGGCUGGAGCUGGAGGUGAACAAGGAGCGCUUCCGUAUGAUCUACCUGCAGACGCUGCUGGCCAAGGAGAGGAAGAGUUAUGACCGCCAACGCUGGGGUUUCAGGAAGGCCCAGGUGAACGAGGCUAGGUCCAAACCUAGACCCCCUCCAGCCCGGAAGUCAGCCUCCCACGGAGACGGGCUGGAGCUCCAGUCUGCCUUCGAGGUACCCCAGCAGGUAGAGCCCUGCGAGACAGACGGCCUCUCACCCUCCAAACAGAAAGGAGGUAUAUCCCCUCGCCGCCAAAACCCACCCCCGAACAAGGACCUACCGUCUGACCCCAAUGACAAGCUUGGCAUGGGACUGGGGGUGGCAGCGCUGAGGUCUAACUUUGAGAGGAUCAAGCGGGCCAACUCUCACUCUGCCGGGGAUGGAGGGAAGAGCCAGGAGAAGCAGCAGCCCUUCUACACCAACAUGGAGUUCCACCAUGACAGGGGCCUGGUCAGGGUCAAUGACCGAGACGUCUCUGACAAGAUCAGCACCCUGGGCAGCCAGGCCAUGCAGAUGGAGCGCAAGAGAUCUCUGCACUCCCUGCCAGGCAACCUGGCCACUGUGGCAGGUGAGCUCCGCACCCGGCCUGUCUACAGGGGGCGCUCUACAGAGAGCACCUGUGGGUACGAUGCUGAAUACGAGGAUGGGGACCCCAACCCACGCCACCCCAAGGCCAACGGGAGCAAACAGCCUCCUCCACCCCCAUGGCAACCCUCUGACUUCCAGCCUUACACCAGUGUCUACGUGGGCGGGGUGAUGAUGGGCGAGGGCGGGGGGGAUGGAAGAGGGGGCGUCAUCAUGAGGGACCACAUCGGAGAAGAGCACCACCUGACCUGGCCCCGGCGCUCCUACUCUCCCGGGAGCUUUGAGGACGUGGGGGGCGGAGGCGGCGGCUACACACCAGACUGCAGUUCCAAUGAGAACCUAACAUCCAGCGAGGAAGACUUCUCGUCUGGCCAGUCCAGCCACGUGUCACCCAGUCCCACCACAGCCUACCGCCGGCCCUUCAGGGAGAAGAGCCGCUCGCCCUCGCAGAACUCCCAGAACUCCCAGCAUUCGUUUGACAGCAGCAGUCCCCCCACGCCACAGUCCCAGAAGCGCCACCGCCAGCAGGGCCACGUGGUCAUGUCCGAAGCCACCAUUGUGAGCGUCCGCAAGACUGGCCAGAUCUGGCCCCCACUCGAUCCGAACUCCACACCGACCAGCAGAGCUUCCCAUGACAACAGUUUCCAUGGAGACCUGGAUGGUCCGUUCACGGGGACCCCUCCCACUUACGGCUACGAUGCGGACCGUGCGGAGGAGCAGAGGCACCACCAUGACAUCCUGCCCUACAUCGACGACUCGCCCUCCUCUUCGCCACACCUCAGCUCCAAGAGCCGCAGCAGCCGAGACACCCUCUCCUCCGGAUCCCUUGAGUCCUCCAAGUCGACGGAGUUGGACCUAGAGAAAGGCCUGGAGAUGAGGAAGUGGGUUCUGUCUGGGAUCCUAGCCAGCGAGGAGACCUACCUCAGCCACCUGGAGGCACUGCUACUGCCUAUGAAGCCUCUGAAGGCAGCAGCCACCACGUCCCAGCCAGUGCUGACCAUCCCCCAGAUCGAGACCAUCUUCUUCAAAGUGCCCGAGCUUUACGAGGUCCACAAGGAGUUCUACGACAGCCUGCUUCCCCGGGUGCAGCAGUGGAGCCACCACCAGCGCGUGGGGGACCUCUUCCAGAAACAGGCCAGCCAGCUGGGAGUUUACCGGGCCUUUGUGGACAACUACGAGGUUGCUGUGGAGACGGCUGAGAAGUGCUGUCAGGCCAACACGCAGUUUGCUGAAAUCUCUGAGAACCUCAAGGUGAGGAGCACCAAGGACUUGAAGGAUCAGUCAGCCAAGAACUCUCUGGAGACUCUCCUGUACAAACCAGUGGACAGAGUUACUCGUAGCACCCUGGUACUGCAUGACCUGCUGAAGCACACGCCCUCCAGCCACCCAGACCACCCCCUGCUACAGGACGCGCUCCGCAUCUCCCAGAACUUCCUGUCCAGCAUCAACGAGGAGACCACGCCCAGACGCCAGUCCAUGACUGUCAAGAAGGGAGAGAACCGCCAGCUGCUGAAGGACAGCUUCAUGGUGGAGCUGGUGGAGGGAGCCAGGAAGCUCCGCCAUGUUUUCCUCUUCACCGACCUGCUGCUCUGCGCCAAGCUCAAGAAACAGAUCGGAGGGAAGAGUCAGCAGUAUGAUUCCAAGUGGUACAUCCCUCUGUCAGACCUAACCUUCCAGAACGCAGAUGAGUCUGAGCCUCUGCCCAUCCCCCAGGUGCCUGACGAGGAGCUGGACGCCAUGAAGGUCAAGAUCUCUCACAUCAAGAGUGAGAUCCAGAGAGAGAAGCGAGCCAACAAAGGGUCGAAGGUGAUUGACAGGUUGAGGAAGAAGCUGUCGGAGCAGGAGUCUCUUCUGCUGCUCACCUCCCCCAGUAUGGCCCUCCGAGUACACAACAGGAACGGCAAGGGUUACAUGUUUCUGAUGUCAUCAGACUACGAGCGUGCUGAGUGGAAGGAGACGAUCCGGGAACAACAGAAGAAAUGCUUCAAGAGCUUCUCCCUGACCUCCAUGGAGCUACAGAUGUUGACCAACUCAUGUGUGAAGCUGCAGACUGUCCACCACAUCCCACUCACCAUCAACAAAGAAGAGGAUGAAUCCCCUGGCCUCCAUGGAUUCCUGAAUGUAAUCGUCCACUCUGCCUCGGGCCUCAAACAGAGCUUGAAUCUGUACUGCACGUUAGAGGUGGACUCCUUUGGCUACUUUGCGAACAAAGCCAAGACGCGGGUGUAUCGCUAUACCACAGAGCCCAAAUGGAACGAGGAGUUUGAGAUAGACAUGGAGGGCUCUCAGACCCUGAGGCUGCUGUGUUAUGAGAAGAGCUACAACAAGACCAAGCAGAACAAAGAGGACGGAGACAGCACCGACCGCAUCAUCGGCAAAGGACAGAUCCCGCUUGAUCCCCAGACGCUCCAAGCCAAAGACUGGCAGAGAACGGUCAUCCCCAUGACCGGGAUGGAGGUAAAUCUUUCUAUGAAGUUUACCAGCCGAGAGUUCAGUCUGAAGAGGAUGCCGUCACGGAAACCCAUGGGCGUGUUCGGAAUCAAGAUUUCCACAGUGACCAAACGGGAGCACUCCAAGGUGCCCUAUAUCGUCAGACAGUGUCUGGAGGAGAUUGAGCGGAGGGGGAUGGAGGAGGUGGGCAUCUACCGGGUCUCAGGGGUAGCUACAGACAUCCAGGUCCUGAAGGCUGCCUUCGACACCAACAACAAAGACGUGUCUGUGAUGAUGAGUGAGAUGGAUGUGAACGCCAUCGCCGGGACUCUGAAGCUGUACUUCAGAGAGCUGCCAGAACCCCUCUUCACUGACGACCUGUACCCCAACUUCGCAGGAGGCAUUGCCCUGUCUGACAGCGUUGCCAAAGAGAGCUGCAUGCUGAAUCUACUGCUGUCACUGCCAGAACCCAACCUGGUCACAUUUCUCUUCCUGCUGGAUCACUUGAAGAGGGUGGCUGACAAGGAGAGCAUCAACAAGAUGUCCCUCCACAACCUGGCCACAGUGUUUGGCCCCACCCUGCUGCGGCCUGCAGAGAAGGACAGCAAGAUCCCCACCAACCCCACGCAGCCGAUCAGCAUGGGAGACAGCUGGUCCCUGGAGGUCAUGUCACAAGUCCAGGUGUUGCUGUACUUCCUCCAGCUGGAGACCAUCCCCACGCCGGACAGUAAGCGUCAGAGCAUCCUCUUCUCCACCGAAGUGUAGAGUGUUCCACAGGUUCCCAUCAUGAAGACAAUGGGGGAGAGAGGGUGAGAUGGAGACGUCGACUCAAACUGAGUCUACAGUACAGUAUGUCCAUUUGGGAAGGUUACUGAGAGUGAGAAUGGCCUUUGCUGGACUGUAGCAGGAGAUGUAUUCUGCACUGAUUCUGGACAUACCUUGCAGAGGGCGCCACCACCCCUCUGAGAACAAGAGGGUGGACACCAAUCCUCUGUUGUACCACACAUAUCUGAUGACGAUAACGCAUUAAUACAUCACACCCAAUAGCCAGUGUGACUCUUUGUGCCUCUCUGACGCAACAUAUCCUCCUCUCCUCGCUCUGUCUCUUCGCUCUCAUGUCGAAGCUCCACAGCUUGUGUACGGUGUACGGAAUGAAUGCCACUACUGAACAUGCCUGCUGCAACCAUAAAUGAAACACUUCAAUUUGAGUCUGAUCAGCAUGUAGGGGAAAAGAGUGUCCAAGGUUUAUUUAUUUUUUUGUGCUAUUGGCUCCUGCUUUGUAGGCAGAAAAACAGGCCGAGCCUGCACAGCGUUGUGUUUAGCCUUUUCAAAUGUUGAGUUAUUUCUUAAUUCACUGCUGAAGAGAUUCAAACCGUAUGUUUUACACAUGAUACAUCAGGACCACAACGCUACGAGAGUUAUAUUGAAAAAGGAACAUCUGGGUUUCUCUGAAGACUUUUAAACAGGAACAUCCAGAGCUGUCAGGAUCACCAGUCUAUUUGUGUGUCCCAGGAAUCCACCACUCACAACAUCAAAAAAGUGUUUACAAGGUAAACAAGCCUUGGACAAAGGCAGAGACGGGGAGACUGCAACAAAGGCAUUUGUGAAAUAGGAACAGUUGACAGAAACAGAUUAUCUAUCAAUUAUAAUAAGACUGCCUACAGUUUGGACCAUAAAGCAAUUCCCCCUUUUUGUGUUCAUUGUGUUUCAAGUAGUCCUCAGCUUAAAUACCCAGGAAGCAAUAGAUGUUCUAACAUAGGAGUUUGUCUGCAUUCAUAUCCUUAGUCCGGAGAUGUCCUCAUGGUAACAUCGGAGAUCUUGCCAAAAUGAUCUGUUGUUUGGGAUAAAAUAAAACUAUUGUAUUUACAGAUACAGUACAUUAUGUACAUAAUCCUAAUGCUAUAAUUGUUUUAUUUUACUUAUUUUAACAGUGUAAUGAUCAUUGUUAUGA